AUGAGUUCAUCGGAAUCGAUUUUAAUGAAUAAUAAUGUUGAAAUUCCGCAACUAGCAUUCGGUACAUAUGACAUAACAAAUGAAGAAAUAGUGAAUGUUAUUGAAAGUGGACCUUCAAUUGGUUAUCGUCAUAUUGAUUGUGCAUGGCUUUAUGGAAAUGAAAAAGGGAUUGGAAAAGGUUUAUCUAAUCAAUUCAAAAAAGGAAAAAUAAAAAGAUCAGAUUUAUUUCUAACAAGUAAGCUUUGGUGUUCAUUUCAUAAGUUUGAACGUGUUCGUCAACAAUGUUUAAUAACAAUAAAUGAUCUUCAAUGUCAAUAUCUUGAUCUUUUUCUUAUUCAUUGGCCAUUUGCUUUCGUUGAUCAAGUCUGUUUUCAUUGUUUUUUUCCUUUUUCGAGUUUCUGUUUAGGAUCCAGAGAAAAAAAUCCAGAAUUUCAAUCAAAUGUGGAUGAUAAACUUGAUUUUCUUGUAACAUGGAAAGCAAUGGAGAUGUUAGUUGAUGAAGGUUUAGUUAAAUCUAUUGGAUUAUCAAAUUUUAGUGAAGAACAAAUAGAACGAAUUAUUCAAAUAUGCAAAUAUAAACCAGUUGUUAAUCAAGUUGAAAUUCACCCAUAUUGUCCUCAAAUUCAAUUAGAAAUAUUUUGUAAAAAGCAUCAAAUUCUUCUUGAGGCUUAUGCGCCAUUGGGUGCAAAAACUCGACAAUGGAAAAAAGAAAAUGAUCCAGAAAUUCUGGAAGAUAAAACUAUAAAAUUAAUUGCAGAUAAAUAUAAUGUUCAUCCAGCAUGA